AUGGCCCUCACCGCCCACGAUGCCGCCGACAGGGACCAGACUGUCUUCCACGUCCUCCUCCGCUCUUUUGCCAUGAUCAUCUUCUCUGAAAUCGGCGACAAGACCUUCCUCAUCGCCGCCAUCCUCGCCAUGCGUCACCCCCGCCUCCUCGUCUUUGCUGGCGCACUCGCCUCCCUCGUCCUCAUGUCCUUCCUCUCCGCCGAGCUUGGCAACCUCCUCCCCACCCUCCUCCCCAAAAAGUGGACCCAGGCCAGCGCCGCCCUCCUCUUCUUCGUCUUUGGCGCAAAAAUGCUCCAAGAGAGCCGCGCCAUGCGCCCGGACAAGAUCCAGGAGGAGAUGAAGGAGGCCGAGGAGGACAUCGAGGGCGACGAUGCCGCCAACGACAGCCCCGGCGCCGCGCUCGCCCGCGGAGACGCCGUGAUACCCCUCGAGGAGAUCGAGGAGGGCGGCCGCGCACCCGCGCACCCGCGCAGGAGCCCCAGCGCGUCGGGGGCGAGGCCCCCGCGCGCGUAUUCGUCCACGCGCCGGCGUGCGGACGCAGUGCGGAACUUCUUCAGCCUCUUCCUCGGCCCCGUCUUCGUGCAGUCGUUCGUGCUCACCUUCCUCGGCGAGUGGGGCGACCGCAGCCAGAUCUCCACCAUCGCCCUGGCCGCCGCACACAACGUCUAUGUCGUCGCCUUUGGGACGAUCAUAGGGCACUCGUGCUGUACGGCGCUCGCCGUCAUCGGCGGACGGUACGUCUCCACCAAAAUCUCUGUGAAACACGUGACCCUAGCGGGAAGUCUGCUGUUCCUCGCGUUUGGGAUGAUAUACCUUUACGAGGCGUUCCUUGCUAUAGACACCGAGACCGCAGACUUUGAUCCCCUGAAUAGAUGA